AUGACUAUCACCCCUGUAGCACUCACAUCUACUGACUGYGCCAACUACGUGCGKCUMCUCCAGCCCUUCAAUAAGACCCAUGUGUACGUCUGUGGCACCGGGGCCUACCACCCACAAUGCACCUACAUAGACCUGGGACACAGCACUGAGGAGCCGUUGUUCCGUCUGCAGAGCCAUGCUGUGGAGUCUGGACAGGGGAAAUGCCCCUUUAGUCCACGGGAACCCUUCACCGCCAGGCUCACCGAUGGAGAUUUGUAUGCCGGGACGUCGGUGGAUUUUAUGGGCACCAACACAGCUAUAUUCCGUACCUCUGUGCACAGCAGCAACCAGCACUAUAUACGAACUGAGGCCUACCAGGACCACUGCUCAAUGGUGAGACAGACAGCUAUACUACGUACCUCUAUUCACAGCAGCAACCAGCACUAUAUACGCACUGAGGCCUACCAGGACCACUGCUCAAUGGUGAGACAGACAGCUAUACUACGUACCUCUGUGCACAGCAGCAACCAGCACUAUAUACGCACUGAGGCCUACCAGGACCACUGGCUCAAUGAGCCAGAGUUUGUGGGUUCCUUCUCCAUUCCAGACACACAAAGUGUGGACGAUGACAAGGUUUACUUCUUCUUAAAGGAGACAGCUGUAGAGUCCAGCCAGUGGGACAAGAGGGUUUACAGUAGAGUGGCACGCAUCUGCAAGAAUGACGUUGGAGGGAAGAGGAGUCUGAUUAACCGUUGGAGUACCUUCCUCAAGGCCCGUCUGAUGUGUUCUGUACCAGGACCUGGGGGACUGGACACACAGUUUGAUGAGCUUGAGGAUAUCUUCAUUCUGGAGACCAAAGACUCCCAGAACCCUGUCAUCUACGGAGUAUUCUCCACCUCCAGUUCUGUUUUCAGAGGUCAGCAGUGUGUGUUCCACCCCAUGGCCUCUAUCAGGGCAGCCUUCAAACGGUCCUGUCCCAGUGAAACGUAUGACCCCCUCCACAAGUCUACUCGUGACUUCCCUGAUGAUGUAGUGAGCUUCAUGAGGGGUCACCAGCUGAUGUGGGAACCUAUCCUUCCAAUCACCCGCCGGCCCGUCUUCACCCGCGUCAAUGUGCCCUACACUCUACGAAGGGUGGUAGUGGAUAGGGUGGAUGCUGAGGAUGGGCAGUAUGACGUCCUACACCUGGGCACAG